AUGGCGUGGGGGGGGGCUCACUUUCUUGUUCUUGGCGUGACGCGCGUCGCCGAUUCGCGCGUCGAUUCGUCGUUGGCGGACGCGGGCCGCGUCUUUCACAAUAGCAUACUUCCUAAGCAUAACCGCCUCGGCAACGCCUGGGACUACAUGAGAGUGUUCGCGAAGAAGGGCGACGACGGGACCGCCGCGUCGCGCAUCGCGGCGGACCUCGCCAAGGCGCUCGCGCCGGCCGGUGGGGACAAGGUCGCGACCGCGGACCUCUGGGACGAGCACUUCGAGAAGGUGUACCUUCUUGCCGAUGCCGUCAUGGACCGCGUCGUCGCCGAGGCGUGA